AUGUUGAAUGCAGCGACCUCUUCCGCUUUGACAUUCUCGUCAACUCCAAAUUUCUAUCGUUCCCCUUCGUCACUAUCUAUUGUUCUUCCAAAUCCAAAAUCUAUUAUCCUAAGUUAUGCGCGGAGCUCGGUGCUUGCCGUCAUGGAGAAAGCGAUCACUCGCGGACACUUGACAGUCGCCGAUUCUGAAGGUGUCCAUCACUUCGGAACUCGUUCAAAAGGUUGUAACGAUGUCUACCUCAAAGUCGUGAACAGCGACUUCUGGAUGCGUAUCUUGUUCUCUCAAGAUCUGGGCUUCAGUGAAGCCUAUAUGAUGGGUGACGUCGAAGUCGACAGCCUGAAGGGUAUCAUGGACCUUUGGCUGGACAAUGAGUCUGGAAUGGACAGUUUGACCUCGGCUGUGUCACGGGUAACUUCGGCAAUCUCCGCACUAUCAAAUGCAUUUCUCGGCCAGACGCGCUCGAAAGCACGCUUGAAUGCCAUCGCUAGCUACGAUCAGUCAAAUGAGCUGUUCAAGGCCUUCCUGAGUCAGGAGAUGAUGUACUCUUGCGCCCUAUGGACCGAAGCCGAAGGGGGUGUUCGUGGAGACUUGAUCUCUGGUCCCACACCCGGGGACUUGGAAGCUGCCCAGCUCCGUAAAAUUCGUUAUGUCCUCACCACCGCCAAAGUCAAGCCAGGUGACCGAAUCCUAGAAUUUGGCUCUGGAUGGGGCGGUAUGGCUAUCGAGGCUGCUCGCACUUUUGGCUGCGAAGUUGACACUUUGACCUUGUCAAAGGAACAAAAGGCUCUUGCUGAGGAACGCGUUAAGGCGGCUGGCCUGCAAGAUGUCAUUCGUGUUCAUCUCAUGGACUACCGCGAGAUCCCUCCUUCUUUCGAAAAGGCCUUUGACGCAUUUAUCAGCAUCGAGAUGCUUGAGCACGUGGGCUCCAAGUACUACCACGAUUACUUCAGACUUGUCGACUUUGCUCUGAAGUCCAGCAAUGCAACAGCUGUGGUUAGCGCAUCGACAUUCCCGGAAUCGCGAUACUCUGGCUAUCAGCCUGAGGAUUUCAUGCGCAAGUACAUGUGGCCUAACUCCUGCCUCCCCAGUGCCACGGCACUCAUUACCGCCGCAAACACCGGUUCAGAAGGGCGCUUCACCCUCGAGGGUGUCGAAAAUCACGCAGCUCACUACCCGCGGACACUGCGCGAAUGGGGACGUCGUCUUGACGCCAAUGUCAGGCAAGACUUGAUUGUCAGAGACUACCCUAGUCUAAAAGACAAGGCCGAAUUCGAUGCUUUCCGGCGCAAAUGGCAAUACCUGUUUGCGUAUGCGGGCGCCGGUUUUGCCAAAGGUUACAUCACCUGCCAUAUGCUUACUUUCACCCGUCCCAAUGACUGCCCCGCAACAUGCGAUUGA